CUGUCGGCUGCUUCGGACCUUUGCAACAAGCUGGACGGGGGCGGGGGGAGGGGUGAGAAGGUGGCGCUUUGGCUGCGGAGCGAUGGCUUCGGAUUUGGAGGAAAGAGUGCGUGCGGCUUUCCGCGACAGACUGCUGCUCGUGAAAAUCCCUGAAAAAGAAGAUGAUCUUUUGCCUGCUGGUUGCUGCCUGCUGGAGAAACGAAGAGAGCUGGCAGAGGUGGAACAAGCUCUGUUAGCUCAGAAAGAGGAAUUCCAGAUGAAGAUGGAGAGCCUGCAGCAUCGUCAGCAGGAGCUGGAGAGCAAGGAAAAGCAGCUCAAAGAAGCGGUCUUGAAGUUUGACAAAUUCUUGAAGGACAGCGAUGCCAAACGCAGCCGGGCCCUGCGGAAAGCUGAGGUAGAGCAGCAACAAGCGGCACAGAGAGGAGUGGAGGCAGAGCACCUUCGGCAGGAAAUAGCUCGACUCCUCUUCUUGAAGGAGAAGCUGCAGCAGCGUCUUGAGGCCCACAAGGCCUUUCCUGAAUACCUGCAAAAGGUUGUGGAAAAGGCAGAGCAGUUUCAGGAAAUCCCCGAACUGAUCAGCCGUUUCCAGACCUUAAUUGCAUCCCAGGCCAAGUUAACACAGAGGGAGCUUGUGAAUCGUGAAGCCGUGGAAGAGGAACGCACCCGCCUGCAGAAAUAUGUGGAAGAGAGCAGCAACCAGAUCUUGCGGCAAAACAACCAGAUUGCGCAGCUGCAGGCUCAGCUGGAACAGACCCAGAUCAGGGUUCAUGAAGGGGAGUCUUUCUGGAACAGAAUCCAGACCACAGCUGCUGAGAAGACCUUGGAGGUGGGGCAGAUCAAGCUGGCGACUUUGAAUCUCUUCCAGAUGGUGGCCAAGCACAGGAAACUGCCAGCCGACGUGGCCCAAGAGGACACAGAAGCGCAACUGGAUGCGGACAACCACGUCACUGUCUACACAAAAAACUAAAUGGACACCAACCUGACAUAUAAAAUAGCAUUGUUUAGAAACCACUGAGAGAACCAUUUUGGUCUUCCAGGAUGUGUUGUUACAGACCCUCUGCCACCAUUCUUAAAAGACUUUCAACUGCUGAACUAGAACUGAUCCGGAAG